AUGGCGGCAGGUCAAAACCUCCAGGUUAAGCGGACCGAUGACAGUCACCUUGUACUUGACCUGAGUAACCGGGGUCUGACGUCCAUCCCGGAGGAGGUGUUUAAUAUGCCUUACCUUGAGGUUCUAGACGUGUCCAACAACGAACUCACCAGCAUCCCGGAAGCGAUCGGCCGUCUGCAGAAACUUUACCGUUUGGAUGCUCACGGCAACAAGCUGACAAGUUUGCCACAGACGAUCGGGUCCUUGCAGAAAUUGACACACCUGUACAUUUAUGAUAAUCAGCUGACAGAGGUUCCAGCAGAGGUUUGUUCUCUGUCCAACCUUGAGGUGUUGAGUAUCAAAAGCAACAAGCUUUCCACCUUACCUCCUGGUGUGGAAAAGCUGCAGAAAUUGAGAGAACUGUUCAUUCAAGGUAAUAAGCUGACAGAGGUUCCAGCAGGAGUUUGUUCUCUGUCCAACCUUGAGGUGUUAAGUGUCGGUCAGAACAAUAUCCAACAUCUCCCUGAUGACGUCAGACGACUCACCAGGCUGAAGACUCUCGGAGUCACAAACUGUAAGUUUAAAGAGUUCCCCAGUCAAGUGCUGCAGCUGAAGACACUGGAGAAACUGUAUGCUGAUGACUGCAAGUUCAACACUGUCCCAGAUGAAUGGGGAGAAUUACAAAACCUGUGGCUCUUGUCAUUGGAAGAUAACCUCCUGAGAACCCUGCCGAGCACCAUGAGUCGCCUGCACAACCUACGGGAGGUCUACCUAAGGAACAACAGGUUCAACACAUUCCCAGACGUUCUGUGUGAACUGCCUGCCAUGGAGAAACUGGACAUGAGGAGAAACAGAAUCACCAGGCUCCCAACCGCCCUUCACCGAGCAGACAAGCUGCGUCCGGGGGGCUUGGGUGUUUCUGAAAACCCCCUGAAAUACCCUCCACAGGAUGUGUGUGAACAAGGGACUGGUGCCAUCAUGGACUUCUUGAAAGUUGAGGCUGAGAAAGGUUAG